AUGCAAAACAGUUGCUUCUCCCACAAUGAUGGAUUACGCGAGUCGGAUCUAGACAUUCCACCGACCGAGUAUGAGCUCCUUGCCAUGGAAAUCCAAGUGGAGUUGGAGCAGAUGAGACAACAGAUGCAGGCAGAAAUGGUGGCGAUGAGGACCGAGCUUCAUGGGAUGAAGAACAUCUUGAAGGCGACGGUAGCGAUUAGCAUUAGUCUUUUUCCUGGUGUCGUUUGUGGAGUUUUCGGGUGUGGUGGGUUUGGUGUUUUCUGUUGGAUGUAG